AUGGAUUUGGCACAGUGGCUUGAGAAAGCUAGUGAAAAUGAUCAUGGAACAAGAGGAGAUACAAGAGCACCAGUUUCAGGGUUUAGAGGUGGUAAUGAAGAGUUAAUGUGUCUGACCAUUGUGCAAGGUAAUCAAGAGGUCCUUAGUAUAGGCGGAUUGAUGAAAAACAAUAAGCUAAGAUUUUUUGGUUCUAUCUCGGAGCAUCAAGUGUCUGUGCGUAUCGCCUCCGGAGCCACAAACAACUUCAUGUCUAAGGAUUUGGCAAUUUACCUUAAGCUGCCAAUAAAGGAGAAUAAUCAUAUCCUUGAGGAUUUUCUCGUACUAGACGUGGACAAAGCUGAAGCGGAAUGGAUCACCUUCAGUGAUAAAGAUCGGAAGCUAAGCACUACAAAAGUAAAGAUGAGGAGUGAAAAUGAGCUUAAAGAAGAUUGUGGAACUGCCGCUUACUACUACCUUGAGGACAAGAUUCCAAGAGCAACUGGUAAAGUCCAAAACAAAGAUGUUCAAAUGGAAGAUUCUUGGUUUCCACCUAUUUGGACCAUGGCUGAUCACUAUGAGUGCGAGCCGGAACAGUCACAACAACAAGAAACUCAUAAAAGCAUCCUUGUGGAUAUUCAGACCAACCAAAUUGAGGCUGCCUUCUUGGUUGAGAAACAUUAUGGAGAGACUGAUGAGUACCUACACUUAUGGGUUAAGAUGAGUGACAGUCAAGCUGGGCUUGAGGCUGGAACUCCUACAAGGAUACCGAAUAAGGUCCCUAGGUACUACACGAUUUCGGAGGGUAACUUCUCGAAACUGGUUUCACCAAUCAAGGAGCAAAUGCUGAGAUCACAAGCUGAGAAGAAAAGUGAGGGAUACGGUGGAAGGCAAGAUCAGAAGAAGCUAAGUCAUUCUACCGUGGAGUUCACUUUCUACCACCAUGAGGACAAGGUGAUUCUCAUUGGAGGGAGUAUUGAUAGGAUUGCUUCAUGGGCUUCAUGGGCCUCAUGGGCCUCGUAUGGGUAUUGGUUUAAGCCUGUCUUUCCUUAG